AUGGCGGAAAACUUUGCAGCUGCAGCUGUGCCUAUGGCCUGGCUAGUCGACAUUAUCCCUGCCCUUAGGUAUCUGCCUCGCGGCUUUCCCGGCACAGCAUUCAAGGAGACGGUCAAGCAGUGGAGCAAGGUCAGCCAGGACGUGGCAGACGUCCCCUACCAUUUCGUUCAACAGCAGAUGGAGAAAGGAAGCCACAGACCGUCAUUUGUUUCCAGGAUGCUUGAACAAAACGGCGACAGCAGCAGCCAUGACGAGGACUCCAUCAAGUGGACGGCCGCGACUCAGUACGGUGCGGGUGCGGAUACUACCGUCGCGAGCCUCAGUGGCUUUAUCGUGGCCAUGGUCAUGUUUCCCGAGGUGCAGCGCAAAGCGCAAGAGGAGAUUGACAGAGUUAUCGGCACGGACCGACUUCCCCAGCUUCAAGACCGAGAUAACCUACCAUAUAUCGAAUCUAUGGUAAAGGAAGUCCAUCGAUGGUCAACUGUUGUGCCGAUGGGUCUCGCGCACAUGGCAAACGAAGAUAUUCCCUACAACGGCCAUCUGAUCCCAAAGGAUCCGGAUUCAUUUUGCCCGGACCGGUAUCUGGAGCCACGCAAUGAGCCCGAUCCCAGGGCAACAACGUUUGGCUUUGGACGCAGAGUAUGCGCCGGCCAGAUGCUGGCCGAGUCUACAUUAUUUAUUACCGUUGUACAGAUGCUGGCCGCGUUUAGCAUUCGGAAGGCGGUUGAUAGGCGCGGCAGAGAGGUUGAGGUAAAGCUCGAGCCGACCGCCGGCGUGGUUAGCCAUCCGGUGGCGGUUCCUUAUACCUCGGCUGGGACAUUUGGCCUGCACUCGCGCGACAUGGCGCGGCGAGCACCCGGGGCAUGGAAGACGCCCCCUACCCCUGACCACAACCAAGAUGAGACGAGCUUCCCCGGCCUCAAGCCCGCCCGCCCGGACGCCACCUCCAAGAUCGAGUACGACGAGCUCCAGAGGAAUGAAGUGCUGGCUCUCGAGGCCAUCUAUGGCGACGACUUCGUCAAGCAUGUCGGGACGCCCGGUGCGUGGAAGAAAGCCGAACCGUCUUUCGAUAUUCACGUCAGGGCCUCGGCCGACAGCGACUUUGCCGUGACGGUUGGCUUUGUCAUGACUGCCACGUACCCCAAAACGCCGCCCUUGCUCAACGUCAAGGGCCUCGACAAUCUCCGCGAGGCGACCCAGUUCAAGGUCCACAAGUUCAUCGAGACGCAGCCAAAGAUCUUUGCCAAGGACGAGCAAGAAAUGAUUGACAAAAUCAUCGAGGGCAUCAGAGACAUCCUUGAGGAUGCAGCACAGGCAACGGCGACUGGGAAACAACUGCCCUCGCUCGAGGAGGAGCGCGAGCGUCACGAGGCCAGCCUCGCCAAGCUGGCCCAAGAGCAAAGGGACAAGGACGAGCGCAAGAAGUUGGAGGAGACAAAAGAGAAAGAGCGAGUCAUGUCCGAGAUGUUACAGCAGCAGCUCGAUCGCCAAAGACAAAAGGCAAAGGAAUCCAAGCUCAGUCGGCGCCCGAACGGCUUCUUCCCGGGCCAGUCAACUGAUUCCGGCCCUGACGUUGAUCAGAUUGACUUUGACCAGUUUUGCGACACUACGGAUAAAGCUGGCAACGUCAUCACCUUUCGCUCAGUUGCCGGCAAAUGCGACCCGCGCCAGGGCCAGGUUUCCGUUGUCUACACGGUGCGUCCGGUCAUUGUCCAGGGCCUGAGCAAUCACAUGGUAGCCCUCAAGGAGGCCGUUCUGCGUUCAUCUGAGAAAGAUGCCAAAGAGGUCAAGGAGCAGCUGCAGUCGCUCGAGUCCCUGCUGCAAGAUCUCAAGACUGUCAAGAGAGUGCUUCAUCGCCAAAUCGUGGAGAUCAUGGAUUUCAAGGUCGAAAGCGGGCUUCCCGACGACCCAACGGCCUUGAACGCCUGGACCGUGAGGAUUCUUACUCCGGUGGCUGACAAGGGGUCUCUUGAAGAGCUGUUGGAGCUUGCUGGCAACAUCGAGAUAGACAAGGUUCGGUCUUGGACAAGAGACUUGCUCGAUGCGCUGAAUUUCUUGCACAAUAAGAACAUUGCACAUCAAGACAUCCAUCCCGGGAACGUCCUGCUGUUCCGUGAAAUCACCGGCGAGAUCGUCCCGAAGCUAUCCGACGCCUGGUAUCAGCGGGAGAUACACAACGCCAGCACCCAGAAGCAGAGCCCUUCGCGCCUGGGCUCUGCCAAGUCGGCUUACUGGCUUCCGCCAGAAGUUGCCGGCGCGUCGAAGCCGCAGUACACCCACAAGACGGACAUUUGGGACUUUGGCGUCGUCUUCGUGCAGAUGAUAUUUGGCCUCAAUGUCCUCCAAAAGUAUUCGUCGCCGAGGAAUCUCAUGGAGGCAAUCACCCUUUCUCAGCCCCUUCAAGAGCUGGUUAGCCGUUUCUUCAAAGACGACAAGCAGAAACGCCCGCGAGCCUUCGAACUGGGAUCCAGCGAGUUCUUGGCCACUGAUGCCCCGGUCUUCUUCGAUGGCGCCUCGCCAACGCUCUCGACUCUACCAUUGAUGUCUUCACAGCAGACGGUGCCUGCCAGGCUGAGACGUGAAUCCAUGAACCGGAGCGCAGUCGUAUCACGAUACACGGAGGACUUUGUCGAGGAAGGCCGGCUGGGUAAGGGGGGUUUUGGCGAGGUCGUCAAGGCUCGCAAGAAGCUCGACGGCCAAGUCUAUGCCAUCAAGAAAGUCACCCAGCGGCCCCAAGCCAGCCUAACCGAGGUUCUCAAGGAGGUUCGCUUGCUUUCGCAGCUCAUUCAUCCGGCAAUCGUGCGAUACUAUAAUACUUGGGUCGAGGAAGUCCCGGAUCUGACGGAUACCGAGGGCGAUACCUCUACCGAUGGUUUUACAAACGAGACAACCGGCACGGGGUCCGCAGGCGUUGAUAUGCAGUUCGCCACAAGCACCGGCGGGCUAGACUUCAUGUCGUCCAAUGUCCCGGUCGAGUUUGGCUACGAUGACGAGUCCGAUGAAGGCGAAGACGAGGAUGAUUCUGAAGACGACGAAGAAAGCUCCAUUGUCGAGGACGAUGUCGGGCUCCGCCCCACGUCGUUGGAGAGGGCAAGGCGAGCUUCAACCCUGCGACGUUCCAGGCUCCAGAGACCGUAUAGAACAAUCCUGUACAUCUCGAUGGAGUACUGCGAAAAACGGACACUUCGCGAUCUGAUUUCACGUCAUCUCUGCAAGAACGCAGCCGAGAUCUGGCGCCUGUUUCGGCAGAUCCUGGAAGGCUUGGCCCACAUCCACGGACUGAGCAUCGUCCACCGCGAUUUGAAGCCAGAAAACAUCUUCAUCAGUAGCGGUGUUGACGGGGUAGACAACGUGAAGAUAGGAGACUUUGGCCUGGCGACAAGUGAUGACAUGACCAGAAGCAUCGGGACGGCGUACUACUCUGCGCCAGAAGUGAGGUCGACGGCAGACGGCAUGUACAGCACAAAGGUCGAUAUGUACUCUCUGGGAAUCAUCUUCUUCGAGAUGUGCUACGAACCGAUGCUGGGAAUGCAAAAGGCAGACGUCAUCGGCCAGCUCCGACGCCCGAGUCCGCUGCUCCCCGCCGACUUCAAGCCCGCCGAAAAGACACAGACCGAGAUUGUCCUCGCUCUCAUCCAACACAACCCAAGGGAUCGACCAUCGAGCGCGGAUCUGUUGGAAAGCGGCAAGCUACCUGUCCAGAUGGAAGGCGAAACCAUCAGACGCAUUCUUUCAGGGUUGUCGGACCCGAGCUCUCCCUAUUACCUCAAGAUGCUCAGUACGCUGUUUGCCCGGCCAAUUGCGGCCACCAAGGACUACGCGUGGGACAUGAUUGCAGGCACGCCCAGCCCCGCCGAGCUGCUCAGCCAAGGAGCUGCCAAAAGCGCGCUCACGUCCAUCUUUCGUCGACACGGUGCCUUGGAGGCUCGCCGCAGUUCCAUCUACCCCAGGUCGCCCUAUUAUGGAGAUAAUGUCGUCCAGGUCCUGGACCCGAACGGUACGGUGCUUCAGCUGCCCUAUGACCUGACUCUGGGCCACGCCCGUAUGGUGGCAAAGCACCCCCCCGGCAUACAAAGGACCUUUACUUUCGGAACUAUUUUUCGAGACAGAAAGGACACGGGACAACCGCAGAUGUUUGGAGAGGUCGACUUUGACAUUGUCACCUGCGACACGCUGGACCUUGCUCUCAAAGAAGCGGAGGUGUUGAAGGUGCUGGACGAGAUCAUCUUUGCGUUCCCGUCUCUUUCGUCAGGCCAAAUGUGCUUCCAUGUUGGCCACUCGGAUCUGCUGCAGCUCAUCUUUGAGCACUGCAGGAUCGAACCGGCCUGCCGAAGGGCGGCGGCGGAUGUGUUGAGCAAGCUGAACAUUCACAACCACACAUGGCACAAGAUCAGACUGGAGCUGCGGUCACCGGCCGUCGGCCUCUCCGCCACCAGCGUCGAUGAGCUCCAGCGCUUCGACUUUCGAGAUACCCCCAACAAAGCCUUUUCGAAGCUUAAGAUGCUCUUCGAGGGUGGCGACAUUUAUCAGCGAGCCUCAUCCAUCCUUGCACACCUCAAAGAGGUCGCUGAAUACACAAAGCGCUUUGGCGUCAGCACAAAGGUCUACGUCAACCCGCUCAACAGUCUCAAGGAAAGCUUCUACGUCGGGGGCAUCUUGUUUUCGUGCCUAUACGACAAGAGAGUCAAGGACGUCUUUGCCGCCGGCGGUCGUCUGGCCUGGGAGCGGCUGGCUAGGAUUCAUAAACAAGGAGGCAAAGCUUUCCUCAAGAAGCCCGACGACGAGAUGGACAUGUCAUUCUCCGGGAAAAGGUGCGACACCCUCGUGGCCAGCUUCGAUGCGGCGGUCCUUCGAUCUACUGGGAUCGAAAUCCUGCACAAGCUUUGGGCGCACGACAUCAGCGCCGAGCUCGCCAAGGAUGCGCGGUCUCCUGAAGAUUUGCUGGUCAAGCACAGGGAUGACAACUAUUCGUGGAUCAUCAUCAUCAAACAAGAUUCGAUGCUGAAGAUUAAAACCAUGGGCAGAAACGAUGUCGCAGACGUGGACAUUCACAUGACGAAGCUGGUUUCAUGGAUGCGAGUUCAGGACGUCAAGGUGUUGAUUGCACAAACGAGGAGCAAGAAGUUCAAUCGACGCACAGUUGUGGAGCAGGCGCAGGCCAGCGCAGCGAGCUUGGUGCGAUCUUUCUUGGACGGCCCGAUCCUUGCGGUUGAGACGACGGAUCAAGUCAUGGAUCUCAUCCGGGACACGAGCAUAUCGGAUCACGAGAGCUGGAGAAAGGUCGAGCACGCGGUGACGACUUCGGAGAAGAAGUACGUGAGAGAGCUGCAUGAUCAGCUCGACACGUGGCGGCAGGCGUACGAUACGAAGGACGGUUCGAGGCAUUCUUUCAUAUACAACUUCAGGACGGGCAACUGCUUGUACUACGACUUGGGCGACUGA